AAGGUGGCUAGCAAAUUUGAAAAUUCAGUGCCUGUUCGUGCACCGCCAGUACCAACCCGCAACGACACAAAAUACGGCUCGGAUAGCAUAGCUAUUCGAUGGGAUGACAAUGGCAUUGAUGAAGAUGAGGCUCCAGUGCGAUUUGUGCAGGUCGAGUACCAGAAGUCGAAUAGCGAUGAAUGGAAUGCACUGGAAAAAGUCAUAUCAGGGCAGGAAAAAGGCGUGGUGGUGCCAAGGCUGCUACCAAACUCGAAAUAUCGCUUCCGAAUUCGCUAUCUUGGUGACACUUCGCAGUCGGUAUGGUCAGCCGAGUCGGAGUGGAUGCGCACGCUGCCUGCACCGCCGUCUGCAGCACCGACCUCCUUGGUAGCAUCACCGUACGAUUCGUCAACGUUGCUUCUCCAGUGGUUAACUCCUCCAGGGGAAGUGUGGAAUGCUGACGCCAUCGGAUAUCGCAUCGCCUUCCGUGAGUAUCCCAUGUCGGCCGACAAUGAUACGUGGUCCACAGUGGAGAUCUCGCCGAACAGUUCGUGGACUAAGCGGCCCCAGUUCUUGUUGCACAACCUGCCCAGUUUUCGUCAUUACAUUUUGCGAAUGCGUGCGUUCAACUCGGAAGGGAGUGGCCCGUUUUCUUCACCGGUAUUUGUCUAUGUGGGCUAUUCAAUACCAAAAAGAAAUGUGACCAAUUUGAUGGCAGAGCCUUUGUCUUCCACCUCGUUGUCGGUAAGAUGGGAUCCAUGGCCGGAGGACGAGGACGCGGCAAUAAGUGGAUUCAAGGUUCGGUUCGUGCCAGUGACUUCGGUAUUGUCUCCAUCCAGUCACGACGAAGAGUUAAUGGUGGUUGAGAACAACAGCUGUGUGAUCACGGAUCUGCGAAAGUACACUGAGUAUCAGAUCUCCGUCACUCCGUACAACAGGGCUGGAGAAGGCGUUGUAGCCCAGAUUAGGGUACGAACACUUGAAGACGUGCCAGGAGUUGUCAGCGCCCUGCGGUUUUCAGAUGUCUUAUUAGACUCGGUACGCGUUUCGUGGAAACCUCCAACGGAACCGAAUGGCCAGAUUACCGGUUAUAUCGUGAACUACAGAACUUUCAAAAUGAAGGAGGAGUUCAAAAAGGAGGUUCAAUCUCGUACUCAGCAAACGUUCUAUCCAGCAACGAAUCUCGAGGAAGGUGUCACGUACUUCUUUGCUGUUUGGGCGGAGACUUCAGCUGGAAGAGGAACGGAAGUGACUGCAAAUGUAACCUUGGGACCAAAUCCAAACGGACCACCCGCUCCAACAAGACCAACGCUUACACCGGGUCCGUCAUCAGUGACACUCGAAUGGAGAGAUGAGCAAAAGAAUGGCAUCAUUGGUCAUCUGAUCCAAGCCAAACUCGUGUCAAAGGAUGUAGGGGCUGUUCAGUUGAAGAAACGGAACAAGCGAUCGUUCGGACGUCCUACGCAUAUCCACGGGGUAUGGGUGACGCUGAGGGUGGUCGAAGGAGCAGGCCAACACCACGAGGUCAGCUAUCGUGAACUGGAACCAUCAAGUUUCUAUGUGUUCCGCGUGUUCGCCCGUAAUGAAAUCGGAAUUGGAAAGGCGAGCGUGGAAACUGAGCAGCUUUUUGUGCCAGCUUUCAUACCGGAGGAUCCGUUCUAUACAACGUGGUGGUUUAUAGCGAUGGUCGCGAUGUCGACCUUUGUGGUCGUUGUACUCGUGGUGGCGUUCUUAUGCAUCACUGGUUCUGUCGCGAAGUAUAAACGUGAAAAGCGUGACUCGGUGGAUAGUAUCCAUCUAGCGAAUGGGAACUUUGUGGCGUUCCAGAUGGAGGCCAGCCAUCGCGAUAUCGGCCGAAGCAGGAAUGAUUUACCGACCCGUCCUGGCACAAAGCAGUCCUGGCUGUCAGAUCGAGACCCGCCGGCGUACGGUAGUGUCCUCGGGGAUCAGAGCCGCCUACGUGGCGCGGAGAGCAUCGAUGGAGGAGGAAGUGUGGUGAACAUGUACGGGUUGGAGACCGAUGUGAUACCAUCAUUACCGAAUCAGGAGGCUAUGCAACGAUUGACAGCACUGGUUGGUCGGGAUGUUCGAGGAAGUGCUUAUAUAACCCAACGAGAAGCCGUAGAUAUGCUUAGUAGAUCGAAGUACGGUAGUCGUGGGGAUUACGGUGUUCAAUCUGCAAGGAGUCAUUACGCACGUGGUGAUGUCUCAACCCGAGUCGGCUACAGCCACACAGAGAAUCCUGUGCAGCACGAAGAGUUCGCAGACGAUUCUUUCGAUGACGAAGAUGACGGCGGCAGUGGAAGCGCCAAAGAAGAGACGGACGUUCCAACAGAGAAUAUCGCCAGUCACUACGGAAGCACGGAUCAUAUCGUGAAAGCGAACGAUGCGAUCUGUAGCACGGGGCCUCCGUUGACGUCGUCGUCGAGAGCGGUCUCAACGGAAAGCGGCAGCGAGUCGUCGUCGGUGUGGCAGUCGACGGCGCAACCGGCAGUGCCCAACCUCUCAAGC